AUGAGCAAACAACUUAAAGGAGUUAAGAAAGGAUGCAAGCCGGCUGGGGCAGCCGCACAAAAACCCACUGAGGCAGUGGUAAAACCUUUCAGAUUAAACGCGAAGAACCUGCUCCUAACAUGGCCACAGACACCUCUUCCAAAAGAGAACGCAAUGAAGCAACUGAGAACUUUACUGGACGACUAUGGAAUUAUAUAUAUAGUCGUGUGCCAGGAAAAACACGAAAAGGAGGGACUGCAUCUACAUGCAGUGGUAAUGCUGGAAAGAAAAGUAUGUUUCAGAGAUCAGAGCUGCCUGAAUCUAAGCUCUGAUUGGAUUAGCAAAGACAUACACGGAAAUUAUUUAUCAGCAAAAAGCCCGAAAGAUGCAGUUGCUUAUGUGAAGAAGGAAACAACUGAAGAGCUAAUAAGUGGAGAAAAGCUGACAAUCUACCAAGCAUUGCAAGCGCUAAAAGUAAAGGGACUAAUGAAGGGACCCAAAAGAAUGAAUUUGAAGGUGCAUUGGUUCUACGGCAAGCCAGGUUGUGGAAAAUCUUUUACGGCGAGGAAAGAAGCAGAAGACAAAUGGGGAAACGACUGGGCAAGAGUGAAGUUCACGUUGAACACGGGCUUCUGCAUAGGAUAUGGGUGUGAAAAGGGAGUAGUCAUAGAUGACCUAAGAGCGAGAAGCAUCUGCUUCGAAGAACUUUUGGACCUUUUAGACGUUUAUGAGACAAGCGUAAACGUAAAAGGUGGUAGUCUCCCAUGGUGUGCUGAAGAAAUAUGGGUAACAUGUCCCGCAGACCCAGAAGCACUAUUCGUAAACCACACAACAGGAGAGAAGUGGGAUGGAAUUGAACAACUGCUGAGAAGAAUUACAGACACAAGAGAAUUCACUGAAAAAUAUACAAAACCCACUGAGGAAGUGGUGAAGAAGCCCUCUGAGGCAGAGGCAACCCAAACAUGGGAUGAAGAAGGACUUUCUCCACGAAGGAGAAAGAUGGAAAUAUCCGAGUUAACAGACGACGCGGAAAGCUGGAUUGCUGGUCGUAUAGCAAUGGCAAUAGAAGAUGGAGAAAUACCUCCAUAUGAUCCAGAAGAAGAAGAGAAAGAGAAACUCGAAAAGAAGGCUGAGGCAGCCGCGAAAGUGUUCCUCCCCUUCACCCCCUCCUUCAUUACGCUUUUUUGUGAAACAAAAGAACGACGCCCCCCAGGGCUUCGUGAAUCCAACUUGGUCUCACGCUGCGAUUAUACUCGCUAUCCCAAGGUGGAUUAUCCCACUACACUAUACACUAGGGGGGUCGAUCAUUUUGGGAUUUUUUUUGCUCCAUUACGUCAAGGGAUCACUCCGGAAACACCUCGGGACAUUUGGAAAGCCACUUUGAAAAAAUGA